AUGUUGGCUAGAGGAAUUCUACAGCUGAGUCGACAAUUCGCAUCCCGGCAGCCCCAGAUUCUUCUACGCCAGAAUGGAAUUGCAAAAUUUGUGCGGCCGCUGAUCCUUCGACCCACCUUAAUGUUGGGGUUUCACUCGUUUAGCCGUCUGUAUACCACACAAGAGCCCAAAAGGCUAGAUAAAGAGAACAAACCCUCUACUAAUAAUGAUCCCGAACCCAAGGCGGUGCCAAAAUCUAAUCUCAUAAAGGAGGCACGUCGGUUGUUUGGUCUAGCUCGUCCGGAAGGAGCCACACUUCUAGCGGCGUUUCUAUGUUUGAUCGCAACAAGCGCUGUCAGCAUGCUCCUCCCACUUCUCAUUGGAAAAAUCAUAGAUUCUGCAAAGGACAAGAGCAAGAUAGCUGAAGAGAAGGCGGCAACUGGGGAUGAUUCGGAAGAGGACGACGAGGUAAAGAUCCUUGGCCUCGCACCGCUCCCAUUCUACUCUGGACUCUUGGUGAUUUUUGUGGCAGGUGCAACAGCAAAUUUCGGAAGAAUUUAUCUUCUACGAGUUGUUGGUGAAAAGAUGGUGGCUCGUUUACGGUCCCGUCUCUUUGCCAAGAUUAUGUCACAAGACUCUUAUUUUUUUGACAUAGGACCUUCAAAAACUGGCAUGAAAACUGGUGACUUGAUUUCUAGACUUUCAAGUGACUCCCAGAUAAUCAGCAAGUCUUUGAGUGGAAACCUCAGUGAUGGUGCCCGCUCUCUCAUUUCUGGAACAGUCGGUCUUUCGAUGAUGUUCUGGGUUUCCUGGAAAUUGACCUUGUACAUGGGUCUAUUGUUUCCUCCUCUUAUCUUCAUGUCUCUGGUAUACGGCAAACGUAUCAAGAGACUUUCGCGUACGAUUCAGGACAAUCUUGGCUCGUUUGCCAAAGUUCUGGAGGAAAAGCUCAACGCGCUCAAGACGAUUCAGAGCUUUUCUCAGCAACGUGCAGUCAUUCAUGAUUUCAACGAUGAAGUGCGUCAAAUUGUGAAAACUUCGAUUUCCGAAGGUAAAUUGAGUGGUGUUUUCUACGGAAUCAACGGCUUCUUGGGUAAUGCGGCAAUCGUGGGGCUUUUGAGUGUAGGUUCGAAUCUUGUUGGGAGUGGAGAAAUAACCAUCGGUGAUCUUUCCACGUACAUGAUGUAUGCCAUCUACACUGGCUCUUCAGUUUAUGGAUUGAAUAACUUCCACACCGAACUCAUGAAGGGUAUUGGUGCUUCUGAACGUGUCUUCGAAAUCAUGGAUCUGGAACCUCUGAUUUCGACUAAUAUCGGCUCAAAAGUCAAAAACCUAAGUGGUGACGUCGAGUUUAGAAACAUCUCAUUUCGUUACCCUUCCCGUCUUGAUUCGCCUAUUUUUACCAACUUCAAUCUACAUGUUAAGAAAGGAGAGCACGUAUGUCUUGUGGGACCUAGUGGAUCAGGAAAAUCCACAGUCUCUCAGCUUCUUCUCCGGUUCUAUGACCCCGAGCAGGGUGAAGUUUUGGUUAAUGGAGAGAAUAUCAAAGACAUGAACCUCAAUUCGUACAGAAGUGCUAUUGGAUAUGUUCAGCAGGAGCCAGUCUUAUUUAGUGGAACUAUACGAGACAAUAUUGUGUUCGGAAGACCAGAUAGUACAGAUGAGGAAGUUGAGUUGGCUGCCAAAUUGAGUAAUUCGUUUUCUUUUAUCGACACCUUCCCGGAAAAGCUCAAUACACUUGUCGGUCCACUGUCCAGUGAUCGUGCACAAUUGAGUGGAGGACAAAAACAAAGACUUUCGUUAGCUAGGACGCUCAUCAAAAAACCACAUCUUUUGAUUCUCGACGAGGCAACAUCUGCGCUUGACUCCCAGCUGGAAAAAAUAGUGAUGCAGAAUCUAUCGCUUCUAGCAAAAGAAAGCGAUCUCACCAUCGUUCUGAUUGCCCACCGUCUAACUACCAUCCAAAACAGUGAGAGAAUUAUUGUUUUAGACAACAAAGGACAAAUUGUGGAAGACGGCGCCUUCGAAGAACUCCUUCAGAACCCAAACAGUGAGCUUAACAAAUUGUUGAAGACCGGAGAGUUCGAAGACAAUUAA